CUUUCUGUAAUGCUGUAUAAUAACGUGCCAUUACCAUCAAACAUACCCAGUUACCAUAUCCUUCAGUUUUUGGCCAUUUCUUCUUCCACAGCUGUUUUCUCCUUCUCCUUUCUUUCUGGAUCUCAAUCCCACUUCAACCAAAUUCCUGGUCACUUACAGAUGGUUUUUUAGCAGACGUAGUGACACUGAAGCAUGUCCAACUCUCUCUCCCUCUCUUUCUCAUAUCCAUCUGCAGUAACCACCAUUCAUUUUCCAACAGAUUGAUCAUUAAUCUAUUCUCUGUGAAGAAAUUGCUUCAAAUCCUUUGACACCCAGUUCAUAUAAAGCAUUCGGAAGUUCAUGAUCUUAGAGGAUAAGUUUCCGAGAUAAUCUUCAAUCUCUUAAGGUACAAGAUUAUUAUCUGUGUAUUUGAUUUUUUCUUUUUUUCUUUUUUGAGAGUACAAAGAUAUCAAAUUGUCAUCACAUAGAAAAGGAGAUUAGAAAAGAAAUUAAAAGUUGAUGCUAUAUAAUGAGGGACUUCCCUUCUUGUUUUGGUGAAAGUGGUGUUCAAGUUGCUGAUUCUUCUUCAUCAUCAACUGCUAGUAAAACUGCUCAAAACCUUGUUACAUGUGUCUAUAAGUGUCAACUUCAAGGCGUUUCUUGCUUCAUUACUGUUACAUGGACUAGGACCUUAAUGGGUCAAGGACUAAGUGUUGGAAUUGAUGAUUCAGACAAUCGGUCCCUCUGUAAAGUUGACAUUAAACCUUGGUUGUUUUCCAAAAGAAAAGGUUACAAAACCUUAGAGGUGGAUUCUAGUAUAAUUGUCGACAUAUAUUGGGACUUAACGUCUGCUAAAUUUGGUUCUGGGCCAGAGCCAUUGGAGGGAUUCUAUUUAGCUGUUGUUUUGAACCAAGGAAUGAUUUUACUUUUGGGAGAUUUGGAAAAGGAGGCACAUAAGAAGACAGAUUCAAAUUCAACCCCUCUUUCUUUUGAUUCUGUUUUUGUUGCCAAGAAAGAACACAUAUUUGGGAAGAAAUUUUAUGGUGCAAAGGCGAAAUUUUGCGAUAAGGGGCUUGUACACGACAUCUCGAUCGAGUGUGACACUACCGGGACUAAUGAUCCGUGCCUCGUGAUUCGUGUUGACAGUAAAUCAGUUAUGCAGGUGAAGCGCCUCCGGUGGAAGUUCCGGGGAAAUCACACCAUCUUGGUGGAUGGCCUUCCGGUUGAAGUUUAUUGGGAUGUCCAUGGCUGGCUCUUUGGCAAUGUGAUGGGCAAUGCUGUUUUCUUGUUCCAGACUUGUCUCUCAGCUGAUAAGUUGUGGACUAGUAGUCAGCCUAUCUCCAAUCCUUCCAUGUUGAGCCGGUCAUGUUCACAGAGGUUUAAAGGUUCCCAGUCACAAGAUCUGGGGUUCUCACUGAUACUGUAUGCUUGGAAGAAUGAAUGAAGUGACAUUCUUCCUCUAGGACACAGCAAACAGAUACCUUAAAAUGAUCCUCUUUUACUAUAGAUGUGAUUGAAAUACAUAUCCUGCAUUUGGCUGUUGAGUAUAUAUAAUUUCUCCUUUUGAUUUGCCUAAAGAGGUCAGAACUUGAUAGAACUUUAUUUUCUGAUAGUGAGUCGAUAUACAGAAACCUGGUUGCUCAUUACUCGUCUGAAUCGCUCGUCUUUGUGGAGCAUUGCGAGUGUGAUCUUCCUUUUCACCCUCAUGAUCAUUGUUAUAAAUCAUCUUGGUGAGAAGGGUUUCAAAG